CUAGCCAAGCGCUCUCCGAAACUCGCAGGCGUCCUAGCUCGCUCACGCAGCGUGCCAGCGAGCGACUUACUCACAGCACUCACAGGAAUCAAUAUAUUCACGGCGCGCAGCAACUCCGCCAUUUAGUAGACGGCGCGCAGCCCUCCGCCCUACGCAGCCGAAACCAUGCUAAAACGAGCGCUGCUGCUCCUCCCACUUGCGGCCCUGGCCGACGCCGGGCUCCGCAUCUCAGUCACGUCAAAAUUCGCAUCAAAUGCAACCACAGAAAACAGCGCGCUGGACCGCCUCGCCCGCGCGCAGCGGUUGAGAGAUGAUCUAACAAUAGACGAAAAGCCCACUGCGCUCGGCGGCUGGACCGUCGAGGUCGUCGCGCGGUCGACGGAGUACGAGAAAGUCGAAGAAAAUGAUGAGGUGGACGACGAGGCCGCGGCGGAGAUUUCCGUAGAUUCGCCCCAGCUCGAACUGUCGGAGAAGCGUAUCCGAGCCUUGCCCUACCGCGUCGCGCGCGACGUGAAGCGGCACGACGACCCGUUGAAAAGGUGGCGUAUUUUAACAGAGGACUUCCCGGCGUACCGCAAGGGUCUGGCGGGGCCCAUGCCCAAGCUUUCUGGAGAGAAGCUCGUCGAGGGGUGGGCGAUGCCUUCGACAGAUCACCUGUGGGUCUGCGGCACGGACGUCGUCGUGCGAAAGCAUGCGCCGUACGACGUCGUGCGGGACGCGUUCCGCGCCGUCGAUGUCCAUGAGAACCGCGUCGCGGAGCUUGGACAGGUGGGCCUGUCGUUGGAAGACUUAGCAGCAAAACCGAAGCCGCCCGCGCGCCUCGUCCCCGUAAACGCUCUGGAUGGCGGCGUCGCCCAGGUCUAUGAACUAUAUGAUACGCGCUGGGACGACGACGAAGAGCAGCGAGAACCGGUACGGGUCCAGUUCGUCGUCGACCCCUCGCGCAAGGGCCACGUCUCGGCCAUGCUCGAGUCCAUCAAGAAGUUCUGGGAUCUUGAGGAUGAGACUAUCAGGGAGAACACGCCGGUGAUUAUCAAGGGGUAUCUGUUGGAUGCAAGGUGCCGCGCGGCGUUGGCCUGGCUCCAGUCGUUGACGAGGCCCUACCCGGCCAAGAGACGCUUCCUGGAGGCGCUGCAGUUCCGGGUGUAUGGCGAUUUGGAGGAUGCUCAUAUUUUAUCUUCGCUGAAGAAGGCUAUGGAUAAAAAAGACAAGAACGUGCCGCUGCCGGACUUGCAGGAGUUGGUGAAUAGGAUCGGUCCUGGCUUUGAUGAGGACUACGCGUCGUACGGCUUGGAGAGCGCAUCGCCUCCCUUCUUACUCGCCGACGGGCGCCUCGUCGAGCUCGACCCUUCGGAACCUGAAAAUGCGGGCGCGACGGCGGCCGCGGCGAUUGAUAGGGUCGCGAACCGCCACAUUGAUGACGAGGGCGAUAGCGCACCUUUCUACCACCCUAUAUUAACGCCGCGCGUGCGGAUCUGGCCCGAGUCGGAUACGACCAAGGAGCGGCUGUUCUCCCAUGAGUUUCCUACGGCAGAUGCGCCGGACCCGCGCGUGCCGACGCUCUACGCGGACGAGUCGUCAUCGUCCCAAGCCUGGGAGCGGGCCUUGCUCGUCGCGCGGCCCGACACCGUUGUGGUGAGGGACGCGCCGCCGCCGAAGAAAGUCUCCAAGAAGAAGCGCAAGUUACUCAUGAAAAGGCCCUUCCUCGCCUGCCGCGGUAUCGUGACGGAAUUGACAGAAACGGCCUUCCCCGCGACGCAUCACGCCCCCGCGGUGACGGCGGCGCUCCUACCGUGCGCCCGCACGCUGGCGGCCGUCGACGACCGGCCGACGUGGGAGCCCGCGCUCCAUGCGGCGCCGUCCCAGCUCAAGCAUGUUUUCAAAGGCGACACAUAUAAGGAGGCACUCGCGGUCGUGGACCCGGUGGCGCGCGCGGCGCCCGUCGUCGCGCGGAUCCUGGAAGUGUUGCGCGACGACCUCGGCUUCUCCGUCACCCUCGCCUUCGCCCCGCGUCCCGAGGGCGGCGACCUGCGGACCUGGGCGCGGACCUCGAUGUACGGCGAAGAGGUACUCAUACCGCAGCGCGUCCUCGGUACUUCUGGUAAAAUGCGCCUGGCGCUACGAAAACCGGAGACGUGGCGGCUCAGUACUGAUACGGACGUGGACGUGUCGAAUUUUUCACCAUCGGAGGCCGAUGGAGUUGUUUCGUACGACGUCGACGCGUUGGUGGUACAGGGCAAGACUUCUCGAAAACGCUUCGCGGCUUUUGAAGACGUCCACAAGAGGUGCGUCGUCGUUAAUGGUAGGGAGGUGCCCUCGCUGAACGGCGACUACUCCAUCACCCUAGAAGACGAUCUGACGGCGCGGAUCGGAUCCUCAAACGUAACCAUAAGGGAGAUGCACCCCCACGCCCUGCCGCUACGUUCCGCGUACGAGGUGGGCAACUGCACGGCCACCAAAAGUGAUGACGGCCGCGUCCACGUCUUCUCCGUCGCCUCCGGUUCUAUGUACGAGCGCUUACUAAGGGUCAUGAUGGGCUCCGUCGUCCUGCACGCCUCAAAGCCGGUGACGUUUUGGCUGUUGCGCGAGUUUCUGUCGUCAACAUUUUUGGAGGACGUGCCGGCGCUCGAACGAGCCUUGGAGGCGCAGAUAAGAUUUCCCCCGGCCAUAAGCUGGCCCGAGUUCCUGAUCGACGGCGAGGGCGCGAAGAUCGGCAUCCGGGACGACCUCCAGAGAUUAGUCUGGGCGUCGAAAUUAUUAUUUCUGGACGGGCUGUUCCACGCGCACCAGCGUAUUGUCUUCGUCGACGCCGACGCCGUUGUUGUUGGUGAUGUUGCCGAGCUAUUAACGCUGAAUUUGGGCAUGGCGCCCUACGCGAUGGCGCCGUUCUGUAGUGGUGAAAAUAUGAACGAAGCCACAAAGGGCCACCGCUUCUGGGAGUCCGGUUUCUGGCAGAACCAUCUGGAGCCGCACAACGAAACUUAUAAAAUUUCUGCUUUAUUUGUCGUGGACAUCUCCACGUUCGGGAUGAUAGGCGACGGCCUGCGCACGACGUACCAGUACAUGGGGCCCGAUGCCAACAGCCUGCAGAAUUUGGACCAGGACCUGCCGAACUACCUGAACGGCGGCGACCGCCGGAGCGUCGCCCUGGCGUCACUUCCCCAAGAAUGGCUCUACUGCGAGUCGUGGUGCAACGCGCGCGCGAAGGCGAAAGCCAAGGCCUUCGACAUGUGCCAGAACCCGGCGACGAAGGAGUAUAAAUUGGAUGUGGCGCGGCGCGUCGCGGACCCGCUCUGGUCGGCCCUGGACGGCUACUUCGCCUCGACGAUGGCCGAGCCCGUGUCCGUCGCCGUCAGGGCGCCCGCGGGGUCGUCCUGGAAGUGGUCCGUGCGCGGGGCGGGCGGCUCCGCCGGCGACGAGCUCUGAUGUUGCGCCAGCGAAUCCAAGCAGGCGCGUGAGCGAGAGGGUCGAGCCGUGGAUGACGCCCGUGGCGCCCAUCAACUGGACCCAGGUGCCGAUGGUCGACAUGGUGCCCUCCCACUCGCCGCACUUGCCGACGUUCUCGGCCCGGUAGAUAUUAAGUGUUUAGUUAAUUA